AUGGCUAAAAAUUUGGCAUUGUAUGGAAAAGCCACACAAUCAGACCUAAUUGAAAACCCAUGGUCAGCGCACAGUGAUUCCCACAAUGCCAUAGAUGGAAAUCGUGACCCACAUUUUUUUCAUGGAUCCUGCACUGCUACUGAUAGACAAACGAAUCCCUGGUGGAGGGUUGAUCUUUUGAGCCCGUACAUAAUCACCUCUGUCGUCAUCACCAACAGAGGAGACAUCUGGCCUGAGAGCAACGGAGCUGAGAUUCGUAUCGGCAACUCCCUGCUGGAAAAUGGCAAUAACAAUCCAUUGGCAGUGGUCAUAUCCUCCAUCCCAGCUGGCAAAUCCCACACCUUCACAUGGAAUAAUGGGGUACAGGGAUGAUAUCUUAAUGUUUUUUUGCCUGGACACAACAAGCUUUUGACACUUUGUGAGGUUGAGGUGUAUGGAUAUCCAGCUCCAAAUGGUAUUAUUGUCGUUGUGUUCACACAUGAUCGAGAUAAGGAUUGGAUGACACAGAAGAAUCAGAUCUUCAACAUACUCCACCACUCCACACAUGGGAAUGAUACAUAUUAUUAUGACCGCCCGGCGCAACUUAAGUUCUCUGAGACCUUUGAGUGUCAUGGGAUGGAGGGACGCUAUGUUACCGUGGUGAUUCCUAGACGUGCAGAGUAUCUAACACUCUGUGAAGUGGAGAUUAAUGCUCUAUUAAUCUCCAUCCUCUUUAUAUAG